GACAUUACAGUUAAACGUAAAAUGAAUCCGAGGCGGAAUAAAACUCGACUGUUGGAAAGCAACAGGAGAAAAACUUGUUCGUAACAGCACUUCAUUCGGCGGCAGGAACUAAAGCUCAACAUGCUAGAUGGGGGCGACUGUUGCACAGCUGUGGAGGCUGAUCCACAUCAGCCACUGAUCCUGGAAAGAGCUGAGAAGGAACCUGAGAAGAAAUGGCAUACUGUUGUAUCAGAUCGGGUGAAGAAGCACUGCUCAUGCUCCCCGGAGAAGGCGAAAUCCAAAAUACUGAGCUUUGUCCCAAUUCUGCAGUGGCUGCCCCACUACAAGCUAAAGGACUGGAUUCUGGGUGAUAUUAUGUCAGGACUUAUAGUGGGAAUCCUGCUGGUUCCUCAGUCCAUUGCCUACUCCUUACUGGCUAGUCAAGAUCCUAUAUAUGGUUUAUACACUUCCUUCUUCUCAUCUAUCAUUUAUGCCAUCCUGGGUUCCUCCAGACACAUCUCAGUGGGGAUAUUUGGAGUGCUCUGCCUGCUUGUGGGUCAGGUUGUGGACAGAGAGUUGGCUCUUGCAGGAUACCUCCCAGAAAGCAGCUUUGGCAGUAACAACAGUGAUGCCUUGUUGGCUGGCCAGGGGAACAGCAGUAAUGUAGAGUGUGAUAGAAGCUGCUAUGCGAUCACAGUGGGAGCAACAGUCACCUUCACUGCUGGCAUUUACCAGGUUCUGAUGGGCCUUUUGCAGGUAGGCUUUGUCUCCGUCUACCUGUCAGACUCCCUGCUCAGUGGCUUUGCAACAGGGGCCUCCCUGACCAUCCUCACGUCCCAGAUCAAGUACCUUCUGGGACUGAAGAUCCCCCGGGCGCAGGGCUGGUUCACUCUAUUUAAGACCUGGUAUAGUCUGUUCACCAAUAUGGCAAAAACCAAUAUCUGUGAUCUAAUCACAAGCCUGGUUUGCCUGGCUGUCCUGAUUCCAGCUAAGGAACUGAAUGAUCGCUUUAAAUCCAAGCUAAAGGCUCCGAUACCAUUUGAGCUGUUUGCGGUUAUAAUCGCAACCCUUGCCUCUCACUUCGGUCACUUCAACAGUGAAUAUGGUUCUGGAGUGGCUGGAGACAUCCCUACAGGCUUCCUGCCUCCUCAGCUGCCAACAUGGACGCUCAUCCCCAAUGUGGCCGUGGACGCCUUUUCCAUUGCCAUCGUAGGAUUCGCCAUCACCGUCUCCUUAUCCGAGAUGUUUGCCAAGAAACACGGCUACACGGUGGAUGCCAACCAGGAAAUGUAUGCCAUUGGCUUCUGCAACAUCCUGCCUUCUUUCUUCCGCUGCUUCACGACCAGUGCUGCUUUGACGAAAACCCUCGUCAAGGAAUCGACAGGGUGUCAAACGCAGAUGUCAGGCCUGGUCACGGCUGUUAUUCUGCUAUUGGUUCUUCUGGUUAUUGCUCCACUCUUUUACUCCCUUCAAAAAUGUGUUUUAGCAGUUAUCAUCGUGGUGAACCUACGUGGUGCUUUAAGAAAGUUCAGGGACGUUCCCCGGAUGUGGCGCGUCAACAAAAUCGAUGCCUCGAUCUGGCUGAUCACCAUGGCAACAUCAGCGCUGGUCAACACAGAGCUCGGCCUCCUGGUUGGUGUUUUGGUGUCGGCCUUCUUUGUCCUCGGCCGGACCCAGCAAGCCCAGGUCCAGGAGCUGGGCCACGCUGCCUCCAGGGAGCACUAUGAGAAUGUUUCAUCCUACCAUGGCCUUCAGACACAUUUUGGAGUGGCUGUAUUCAGAUACGGUGCACCGAUCUACUAUGCCAACCAGAGCUUGUUCAAAAAAUCUCUAUACAAAUGUGCAAAUCUUAAACCUGUGAAGAAGGCUCAACAUUUGAAAUUCGAAAAGAACAAAAAUCAGGAAGACACUGAAGAGAUACCAAAGGGGAUGUCUGAAGAUAAACAAAACAAGGAGAGUGAGGCUUCUUCAUCCGUAAUAUUGAUGCUGGAUGAAAAAUCUUCCAGAAACGUACGCAGCUUGGUAAUCGACUGCAGCGGCAUCUUGUUUUUGGACACAGCAGGAGUGAACGCUCUGAAAGAGGUCCGCAAAGAUUACAGAGAACUUGCGGUUGAAGUGGUCUUGGCCCAGUGUAAUACUUCAGUACUGGAUUCUCUGGAAAGAGGCGGUUACUAUGACAGCAAAAAAGAUGGUGAGGUAGGAAAAAACAACAUGAUAUUCUACACCAUCGCGGAUGCUGUCAGCUACGUCCAAAACCUAAAUGUGCCUAAUGGAGAUUGUGAUAACAAAUCCUGAAGAUGCAAUAAUCCGUCCAAAGGUCUGGUUAUAUGUGAUAUACAGCCAGCACACAGCUAAACAGUAGCUCUUUGUCACCAACAUGCCUUAUAAUUCUGCUGCUGCUGAUGAAAGUUGGUGUUACAGGUGUAGAUCAGAAUUAUUCAUUUUACCUUCAGGGGGUCAAAUUAAACUUAGAGAAGAGUUACUAGAAACCUUAGUUAUGAUGUUUCAAUAUAAUCUUAUUUUUCUAUUUCGUAAGCAAAUACAUUCAAAUGAGUUGUUGAGUUCUCCCUUCAUCAGUUGGGAGAGGUCUAAAAUUUUAUAUUUAUGUAUUGCUAAGUCUAUCAUGAAAAUCUAUUCAACCUUAUCUUUAUUUUACCUAUUUUAAAUCUAGUAGUGAGAUUUUUUUUCACAUGAAAUAGAUUGUUCUUUUUUUUAGUGUUUCGGAAGUGUUUCUAAAUUUGACAGUUGCUUACAAAGAGAUAAAAACACCCAGAGGAAGAUGAUCUGAAGUAAAUAAAAUUGCAUCAUCACUGCCUUCCUCUUUAUUAAGCUUUGUAUAAGAACCCUUCCUUAUUAGUUGUCAUUCCAGUCAAACUACUUUGUGCCUUCAUAAAAAGAAAAAUGAUGAUACUAACAGGAAGUGUUUACUUUUGUCUAUUGGGGAACAAAGUUUAGUUUGAUUUCAGAAGCCAAUCUUUAUUACAAAUUCUUUGUUGUUUUUGCAGUAAUUAUUGUUUUAUUUUUAGAGUUAGACUAUGGUUUCAUCACAUAUCCUUCCCACGUUAUUAAGCCAUAAUUAAUGUUUGAGAACUCCUGUUCUACUCAUCACAACAUUGCGCUUUUGUAUUUGUCCACUAUGGCAAAUGCUUCAAAGCAUUCCUGAUCAGAAAUACUGUAUGCUUGGCCUCAUUAUCUCAAUAGACCUCAGUAAUGCACUAACUACAUGGGAAGUCAUCUAAAAAUAAGUGUAGGAAGUUAGGUGUUAAUAAGUGUUCUAUUUUUUUUACAUGGUUUUUAUCCCCACUGAAUAAAUACACAUAAAUUAAAGGUAAAUGCUUUUGUGUGAAAUUAUACUGCUGGUGAAAAGGGAUUUCAUUUUAGGUGUCUUGUGCAAUUUUAUCUUGGAGGCCAUAAAACAUAUGUAUGUUACUAGCAUUGAGCAAUAAUUUAACAAUAUAGUCAGGUAGCCAAACAUUUAAGCAUGUUAUAACAUUACAUUUCAGGUUAGAGAUAAAGGAUUGGUUUAUGUUAGACUAAAGUAGGCUCUUGAGUAAACUUUAAUUACCUGUACUAUACAGUUGUUUGAAUCUGCAUUAAGGAUGUGGGAUUUGGACUUUGAACUUUCUCCUGGUAUUCUGCAGCACUGAAAAACUCAAAUAUUACUUUAAACCUAAACCGGUUUUCAAACGGUUACAUUUGGUGGUGUAAAUCUACCACAAAAUAGCACACAGCUGUUGAAUUUGAUCAUAGUUUUAAAUAUAUUUAUUAAUGUUUUGCUGAAGCCAUGAGGCAAAAAAGUAGAGCCAAUAGGAAAAGUAAGUUUUUAAGGUUUCCAAACACUUCUGAACAGGACAGUGUCUUACUGUAACAUGUAAAAUAUGCAGCUGAAGUUGUAGUGAAGUGAAUGCUAUGUACUCCUCGGAGUUUUGCAUGUUUCAUUAUCGUGGUAUGUCAUCAUGGGUUCGGUUCACAUAUUUGAUCAGUCAACAAGGUGAAGGGUCAAUAUACAAUAAAAGGUUUACUAUAGGUCAUCAGAAUGAAAAACUGAGCUGUUAUGCAAUCAUAAAUUAAACGUUUAGGAAGUCGCUGUAUAAAUAGUUUUCUUAUCAUGCGCUGUAGCACAGGACCUGGGCUAUAAAAUGGAGGAAAAAAAAUUACCUCAGGUUUAUUCUCACCAGAAAAAGUAAGGAAAAGUUAUUGCUGCUUUAAAAGCGCAUUAAAAUAUGUACUAUUCAUGUUUGAAGUGCCUAAAGCUUUUGCUGUCUCUGUUACCAGACAUGCCUUAAAUUACAAAGUAAGAUUGUAUAUGUAGCACUCAUGAUACUGUCUGUAAUGGCUGUAUGCACAUUGUUUUGGUGCGACUGUUCACAUUCCAUUGACAUUUAAUUUUGGGUGUGGGGGCUGUAAAUAAAUGUGGGCUCACCAGUUUAACUUCUUUUGUUAUGAUAAUCAAUUAUAGGACUUUCCCUGCUGAAUUAUACUGAAGACACUGUUGUUGCACUCUUGCUCAAAAACAAGUCUAUUAGGUAAUUGAGACAUGUGAAACUGUUUAUUUUGUAUGCUAUUUUGUAAAACCAUUAUUAUCUAACUUUAUUUCUUUAAACAAAAUAUCUAUGCAAAAAUACAUAUUGCAGCCUUCUCUUGUGUAUAGUUUUGUAGUUUUUAAUGUAAGUCCUUGAACCAAAAGACGAUCACAAUUAUUUUUUAUUGCUUUAAGGCUCAGGUUUAUUUAUUACUCAGAAUAGACAAGAAGUCAGAAAGUAUGAUGUGGAACACAAUGUUACGCUUGACAAGAACAUUUAUAUGGUUGUGAUAUUUUAAUAAAUAAAUAAAAGCAUAAUUUUGCAA